CUUCGGAGGAGGAAGAAGAUUAUUGGGAAAAAUGUCGAAAGAAGAAGCUUUCAUUGGGUCGAUUGAUCAGGGAACCACAAGCACAAGGUUCAUCAUCUACGAUCGCUCUGCUCGGGCAAUCGCAUCUCACCAGGUCGAGUUUGCUCAGCACUAUCCAGAAGCAGGAUGGGUGGAGCAUGAUCCAAUGGAGAUUUUGGAGAGCGUCAGGGUGUGUAUCACCGGGGCUCUCGACCAGGCUAAGUCCGAGGGGAUCAACGUGGUCAAGGGAUUGAAGGCAAUCGGUGUGACCAAUCAGAGGGAGACUACUCUGCUUUGGAGCAAAUCCACUGGGAUUCCUCUGUACAACGCUAUCGUUUGGAUGGAUGCUCGUACCAGUUCUGUUUGCAGGAAACUGGAGAAUGAGUUAUCAGGUGGCAGAACCCAUUUUGUGGAGACUUGUGGUCUGCCUAUAAGCACUUACUUCAGUGCCACUAAACUGUUAUGGUUGAUGGAAAAUGUGGAAGCAGUGAAGGAAGCGAUUAAGAAAGGAGAUGCUCUCUUUGGAACUAUCGACACUUGGUUGAUAUGGAACCUAACUGGUGGGGUGAAGGGAGGAUUGCAUGUCACUGAUGUUUCAAAUGCAUCGCGGACAAUGCUGAUGAAUCUUAAGACUCUUGACUGGGAUGAGUCCACCUUAAAAACCCUGGGCAUUCCUGCGGAAAUUCUGCCAAAGAUUGUAAGUAAUUCUGAAAUCAUUGGAAAGAUUUCUCCGGGAUGGCCAAUCACCGAUAUCCCAAUUGCUGGGUGUUUAGGUGAUCAACAUGCUGCCAUGGUAGGACAAGCUUGCCGAAAAGGAGAGGCUAAAAGCACAUAUGGUACUGGUGCUUUCAUACUGCUAAACACUGGCGAAGAGAUAGUUACAUCAACACAUGGUCUUCUGACAACUUUGGCCUUUAAGCUUGGUCCGAAUGCUCCUGCAAAUUAUGCACUGGAAGGAUCAAUUGCCAUUGCUGGAGCUGCAGUGCAGUGGCUAAGGGAUAGCCUUGGUAUUAUUAGUAGUGCUAAGGAGAUAGAGGAUCUGGCUUCACAGGUUGAGUCCACAGGUGGAGUUUAUUUUGUUCCUGCUUUUAAUGGAUUGUUUGCUCCGUGGUGGCGUGAUGAUGCUCGAGGGGUUUGUAUUGGAAUUACAAGGUUUACAAGCAAGGCUCACAUUGCCAGAGCUGUGCUUGAAAGCAUGUCUUUUCAAGUGAAAGAUGUCUUGGAUUCAAUGAAGAAAGAUUCUGAGGAAACUGAUAAAGAUAAGAAAGAAAAAGAGGAAUUCUUGCUCAGAGUGGAUGGUGGCGCAACUGUUAACAACCUUUUGAUGCAGAUUCAGGCAGACUUGUUGGGAAGUCCGGUGAUUAGACCAGCCGACAUAGAGACAACAGCACUUGGCGCGGCCUAUGCUGCCGGAUUAGCUGUCGGAGUUUGGAAAGAGGAGGAGAUCUUUGCUUCUGGUGAGAAGGUAAAGACCUCAACUGUUUUCCGUCCAGUAUUAGCUGAGCAACUGAGGAAGAAGAAAGUGGAAUCUUGGUGCAAAGCAGUAACCAGAACAUUUGACUUGGCUGAUCUUUCUCUUUGAUUGUUUCUACUCAUUGCUGUCAAUUUAAUGCGCUUCAGCUUCCUCAUCUCUCCAUUUUUUCUCGCAUUCUAUUACAUACAUAUGGCAUGUUACAUCGUUAAUUAUACCUGUACACUUGUCUGAAUGGCUACAGCAACCAAUACAAACUAAUAAUGUCAUUACGUAUGGCAUGUUACUUCGUCAAUUCCAAUCUUGUACACUUUUCUGAGCCGGCUGUAGAAAUGAACAGAAACCAAGAUGAAAUGAAUAAUUAUGGUAUAAAA